AUGGAAGAUAUACUGGUGUUGCGUAUUUACAAGACUUCCAUCGGCAUCUUUGGUAUGUUAGGCAACGGCCUUGUGUGCGUUGUCAUCUGUAAAGUCUCGGCGAUACAGACUCGUACUAAUGCCUUCAUUUUCCAUCAAGCAGUGGUAGAUUUCCUGGGCUCUACCGUCAUUCUUCUCACAAGUGAGGUCCCGCUGCCUAGUCUCCGGCCCGAUGAUUUGUUGAGUCGGUUCUUGUGCCUCUUCUGGCUGUCUAACUUCCUACUGUUUUGCCUGUUCGUAGUCUCCACGUUUAACCUGCUUUCCCUGACGCUGGAGCGGUACUUCGCCAUUGUGCACCCUUUCAAGUACCAAGUGGCCUUCGCCAGCCAUGCCCGCCUCAAAAUCGGGGCGGUCUUCGUGGCGUGUUGGCUCAUCGGGCUGGUCAUCAAGAUCUACAACUUGAUCAUCUUCGAGGUGGAGGACGGCAGGUGCAUUUCUAAAGUCGUGUCUCGCUCCCAGGCCGUGGGCAUCCUGACGGUGGUCCUGGUGUAUUUCCUACCGGCUGGCGUCAUGUUCUUUGCCCACAUUCGCAUCGGCUUAGAGCUGAAGAGAGCAGCAUCCAGGUUAGGUCCACAGCCCGCAGCGGUGGCAACCGCUCCCAGCCCAUCCAGCGGCGAAGCCUUGACAUCUGAGUCCGAUAUGAGAGAAUCUCUACUCCGGGCUAGACGUAAUACAUUCAAGACGCUCCUGGUCGUCUUCAUUACGUUCAUGGUGUGCUGGACGCCCAACCAGCUGAUCUUCUUCAUGUUCAACCUUGGCUGGAAAACCCAGCCCAACAAGUGGUAUUACCUGCUCUCUGUGGCGAUGGUGGCUACCAACUGCUGCGUCAAUCCAAUCAUCUACGCUUUCAAGUAUCACCAGUUUCGCAACGGCCUGCGGGAGAUGUUUUGCGGUCAAAGGUUUCGUACUGAUGGCAUUGUAUAA